AUGGCACCGCAAUCGGCACCAAUACCACCUCAAAUUACACCUCCUCCAGCGAUUCCAUCGUUUGUAUCACCAAGCAGCUUCUCGUUCGAUGCGCAGAGUUUCUCAAACCUCCUCGCGGACAUCUCGUCCAUGUAUGGACUGAGCAGCUACUCAUACGACCCUAAUGUCUAUUCGUCGCUACUAGCACAGUACUCAUACGAUCCCAAUGAGUACUCUUCAAUUCUGGCGCAAUACUCCCUCUCGCUUCCAUCGUAUGCAUUGCCGGGCACAACCACCGCGCCGUCAACCGCGACAGCCGCAGGGGGACGCACGACCAAAACAAGCAAUACUUCAAGUGGUGGCGGUGGCGGAAUGUCCACUGGCGCGAAGGUUGGAAUUGCCGUCGGGGUUCUGCUCGCUGUUGGCCUCAUAAUCGGCAUAGGAAUCUUUUUAUGGUGUGCAGGGAAGAGGAAGGGAAGGAAACACGCAACAACGAUUGUUGCGCAACCGGCCUCGGCGCAGAUGCAGACUUCGACGGCUUAUGUGCCGCCAAAUGGGUCAAGUUCGAUAUUUCAGAGCCAGCAAGGAUACAUUCCAGGGCAAGUGUCCCAUCAGCAACCCGUACAUACAGGAUAUGCGCCGGGUCCAAGCCCAUUACUCCAACAGCCCCAGUUUGGUCAGCAGCAGUACGACCAGCAGCAACAGUACGGUCAGCAUGGUCAGCAUGGUCAAUAUCAGUAUGGACAGCCACAGAAUGGAGCUAGCUAUGAUUCAGGAUUCAAGGAGCCAGCGGCAGGCGCGGUCGAGCUGGAGCACGAGUAUCACUUCGCAAGACCAGGUGUCGUGGAGAUGGGCGACGGAACGCCAGAAGAGGCACCAAAGGAGACAAGGCGGAAAUGGUUUGGUGGAUCAUCGUCAUAG